UUAAUGCUUUUUACAUGCAUCUAUAUAUCACAAGGUUAAGUCUCUACUUCAAUCACAACACAACUUCAGCUUUGAGAUAAAAGCUUAAACUAAAACCCCCAAGAAACGGAGAUGGGUUUGGUCACAGAGGAGGUGAGAGCUAAGGCAGAGAUGUACACGGGAGAUGAGAUAUGCCGGGAGAAGACAAAAUGCUUCCUCAAGGAAAUAUCUAUGCCCAAUGGCUUACUACCUUUGAAGGACAUAGAAGAGGCUGGGUAUGACAGAGAGUCAGGUGUUGUGUGGCUGAAGCAGAAACAAAGCAUCACCCACAAGUUCGAAAAUAUCGAUAAGCUUGUCUCCUAUGGAACCGAGGUCACUGCCGUGGUCAAAACCGGGAAGAUCAAGAAGCUCACUGGAGUCAAGGCCAAGGAGCUUCUUAUUUGGGUCAGUGUCAGCGAGAUCUAUACAGAGGAGAAAGAGAAGAUCACCUUUAAGUCACCAACCACACUGUCCAGGACUUUCCCUGUCUCAGCUUUUAUUGUCCCAGAGGAAGUCGAACCAGCCAAGGAAGAGCCUGCUAAGGAGAAGAGCAGUGAAGCCACCGAGGAGGUCACCGAGGAAGAACCUGCCAAGGAGGCUGCCAAGGUUGAACCUGCCAAAGAGGCUGUUGCCGUCAAGGAGGCCUAACCAAGCUGAGAGUUAGUGCUUCUCACUGCUCUUACUCUCAUCUAUUACCUACCACUCGUUGCUGCUUAUUUUUACCUGUAAUAAGAUGUCAACAUCAUCCUGUUCUUACAAGUAUUACCGUAUAAUUAUUUAUAAACUACACUGAAGUUGGUUCUG